GUCAGCUGUAGGGAAUUUCCCUUUUAUUAGCUCAGUGUUGUAAAUAGUGUUACUAGGGCUGAAGACUUGCAAACAGGAGGGAGGAAUGAAGCAUAACUGGACUGGGUCGUUCACCGUUGACUCCAUCGAUAGAUCUUCCAUCUAGAAACCCGAUCCUAGUGCGGAAGUUGAGUCAUGGAUUCUACAGAGAACAAUGUGAUAUCCAAGAGUGAUGAUCAUAGCCACUGUGAGACAGAACAGGAUGUGGAGUCCAAUGUGGAGACGGCCAUAGUCCCAGCAUCAUCCCAAGCUAUAGUUCCCUCCAGUGAUCAGUCUCUGAGUCAUGUAGAAGCCAUGUCUCAAGUACAGGCAGUGAUGGCCCAUCUUAUAACAGAGGACCCACUGUUGUCUGACCUGCCCCCUCAAGUGACCUUAGAGGAGGUGAAUUCCUGUGUGGCCCUGGAGUAUGGACAAGCAAUAGUAGUGAAUGUACGACGGGCCGAUGACGAGGUGAUGGCGGUAGUAGUUACCCAGAAUGCAACAGUGCUGGAUUUAAAACAUGCAAUCAAGCGCUACAUCACUCUGAGGCAGAUGCGAAAUGGAGGAAAGCUGCAUAUUAGCUGGAGAUAUAUAUGGAAGAGGUACUGGUUAUACUUCAAUUCUCAGAAACUUUCUGAUGACAGAAAAACGUUGAAGCAGUACGAGAUUAGAAACAAGGACGAGGUAACGUUUAUGAAGAGAUUGAAAGACCAUGGAUGACAGCAUUAAUUGAUUACCGUCAAAUAAUAUAUACUGAAUGUAGGACUGACCCUACACAACAGCUCCAGACACUAUUGGCCAUUGAAUCAGGACCAGUAAAGAUCUUUACCAUCAACAACUUGUCCCUGUUUCUCCAACUUGUGGCAGGUCUAAAGGUCUGUGUACAACAUGGUGAGCAUCUUGUCCAGCAAGAGUAGAGAACAAAUAUUCAAAUACAAGAUUAAAACAGUGUCCCAUGUUGUAAAGUGGAAAUAAAGUGUGGAAAUUGCAGGUAUCUAACAGAGCUAUGAACACUGGAAGUAUUCAAUACAUCUGUGGACAGUGAAGGUGCUCAACAGAAAUGUGGACAUUGGAGAUGUAUUCAAUGUUACUAUGGAUACUUGAGCUGUUCAGUAGAGCUAUGGGCAUCAAAGUAUUCAAUAGAGGUGUACACUGGAAGUAUUCAACAGAGAUACUCAUCAACGGUCAACAUAAUUGUGGACUUCGGAGAUGUAUUCAAUGUAACUAUGGAUACUCGAGGUGUUCAGUAGAGCUAUGGGCAUCAAAGUAUUCAAUAGAGCUUGAGGUAUUCAAUGGAAGUAUUCAACAGAGAUUUGGACACUGGAGGUGUUCACUGGAGGUGUGGGCACUGAAGAUAUCCAACAGAGAUGUGGACACUGGAGGUGUUCACUAGAGGUGUGGGCAUGGAAGUAUUCAAUAGAGGUGUGGACACUGGAGGUGGUCACUAGAAGUGUGGGCAUCGAAGUAUUCAACAGAGAUGUGGACACUGGAGGUGUUCAUUAGAGCCUAGAGGUGUGGGCACUGAAGAUAUCCAACAGAGUACAAUGGUACUGGACAUGUUCAAUUAAGAUAUGGACAUUGUAGGUAUUUAAUAAAGACAUGAUCACAUAUUUACUGGAUUCAUUAUGAUUCAGCUCUGGAUACUAGUGAUUUUUUAGGAUAUAUUUCAGGGGAGUCCUAGCAUCAUUUUCAAAUUGUUGACAAGUCCCAGUACAAAGAUAUUUAAAAUACACAGGAUACUGGAGGGAUUCAAUGGAUUUAUGAUGAGAGAUUCACAAUCUAGAGCUGUAGAUACUGGAGGCGUUCACACUAAUUAUACCCGUUACUGUAUUUAUAGCUGUAUGGUAUUGUAGAUCUUAUGUAGGAACAAUAAUGUAUAGAAUUCACUUCGUAUGAAUUGCAAAUGUAGAUCUGCGACACCUUUUCAUCUUUAUAGUAAAGAUUAUGUGACACAGAUCUAGACUACAUGUACUUAUUGGCUCAUCUCAGUUACAUUUGUACAAAGUCAAGAGGUGUACUGUUAUAAGAGUAUGAGCAGUCCAUUACAGGUAACUGGCUAAAUGAAUUUCACUGGCAGUGUGAAGGGUAGCAUCAAUGACUACAACCUAGAUAGUUCCGGGGCAGGCACGUUCUAGUUUGUAAAACAUUUUAUUUUAGAAUUUUGAGGGAGAUCUGGUCCAUAUCCUGUAUGAUUCAAGAGAUUUAAGUUAAUUUUCUCUAUGCACACUCUUCACAAAAGAACUAAAUGUAAAUGGAAUGAAAACCAUCUUUUAGAUGUGUAAUUCAUAAUUUGUUGAAAGUUACAAGCUUCCAUAUGAAAGCACAAUCAGAAUGCAUGGUGGCUGGAUUAACAAGGAUAGAUAGUGGCACACUCAGAUACAUGGUGCCAUAUAUUAUGUUAUUAUUUUUUCAUAUUAUUCCCAAACAAGUGAUUGGUUAGAAGUGCAUCACGU